CUCAAGUAGCAAAGCCUGAAGGAAGAGCAGCAAGAUAUCCUGUUCUGGCCAUAAGCGUCUGCUCGGGACACGCUUUAGCUCUCUGUUGUUUCCUGUCCCCAGGGGGCUCCUGGACCUUUGGGAUUCCUGUCACGUUCAUUCCAGGGCCUGCGAGGACAUAGAGGAGCUGAACAUGACCCAGGACAAGGCACUGAUGGACUCCCGUUCUGCACAGGGCUUCUAUGAGAACUACGAGCCCAAGGAGAUCCUGGGCAGGGGAAUGAGCAGCGUUGUCAGGCGCUGCAUCCACAAGCCCACACGCCAGGAGUACGCUGUGAAGAUCAUCGACGUCACGGGUGGGGGCAGCUUCAGCUCCGAGGAGGCGCAGGAGCUGCGAGAGGCCACGCAGAAGGAGGUGGACAUCCUGCACAAGGUCUCAGGACACCCCAACAUCAUACAGCUGAAGGACACUUAUGAGACCAACACUUUCUUCUUCUUGGUGUUUGAUCUGAUGAAGAGAGGGGAGCUCUUUGAUUACCUCACUGAGAAGGUCACCCUGAGUGAGAAGGAAACCAGAAAGAUCAUGAGAGCCCUGCUGGAGGUGAUCUUCACCUUGCACAAACUCAACAUCGUGCAUCGGGAUCUGAAACCUGAGAACAUCCUCUUGGAUGAUGACAUGAACAUCAAGCUCACAGACUUUGGCUUUUCCUGCCAGCUGGAGCCAGGAAAGAAGCUGCGAGAGGUCUGUGGGACGCCCAGUUACCUGGCCCCUGAGAUCAUUGAGUGCUCCAUGGAUGAUGACCACCCUGGCUAUGGGAAGGAGGUGGACAUGUGGAGCACAGGGGUCGUCAUGUACACCCUGCUGGCCGGCUCCCCACCCUUCUGGCACCGCAAGCAGAUGCUGAUGUUGAGGAUGAUCAUGAGUGGCAGCUACCAGUUUGGCUCACCAGAAUGGGAUGAUUACUCGGACACUGUGAAGGACUUGGUCUCCCGCUUCUUGGUGGUGAGCCCCAAAGGCCGCUGUUCGGCAGAAGAGGCCUUAGCGCAUCCCUUCUUCCAGCAGUACACGGUGGAGGAAGUGCGUCACUUCAGCCCCCGGGGGAAGUUCAAGGUGAUCGCCCUGACGGUGCUGGCUUCCGUGCGGAUCUACUACCAGUACCGCCGGGUGAAGCCCGUGACCCGGGAGAUCGUCAUCCGAGACCCCUAUGCCCUCCGGCCCCUGCGGCGACUCAUCGACGCCUACGCUUUCCGGAUCUAUGGCCACUGGGUGAAGAAGGGGCAGCAGCAAAACCGGGCGGCGCUCUUCGAGAACACACCCAAGGCCGUGCUCCUCUCCCUGGCUGAGGAGGGCUACUGACGGGCAGGCCGGCAGGGCAGGCGGGACGGGGGUCAGGCUGGGAGGAGAAGCCACCGAUAUGGAGGGCACAGGAGUGACAGCAUGUGCAGGCCUCUGUCCAGAGGGGGCGCUUGGCCCCGGCCCGGACCCCAGGAGCUGGGGCCACCCUCCCGUCUUGGAGGCGUCACGCGGUGGUCAGUGCAGUUGGAGCCAGGCCCACGGGGUGGGGGACCAGCUGUGGUCCAGAACCAGGAGCACCCUGCCUCUCCAUGGCCCAGCUAUACCACCAUGUCCGCUUGUCCUCACGGGAGGCCCACAGUUACUGACACUCGGUGUACCGCCUUUAGGGUCCCAGGGUGAGGAUGAAAGAGAACAGUCUGAGAAUCGCAAUCACAGGAGAUUUUGCUGACCUCACAAAGUCCAGUGACACCACGGGAGCAGGUUCUUCUCUGGGGCCAUGUUUUUAGAGGCAUAGGGCAGCCCUUACAUAAUAAUAGAAAGGGAAGCUUCUGCUGUUUGUCUUUGUGGAGUAUUAUUCACUCUGUGCCUCCCAUGAUACACAGUUGCGCCUGGUAAAUCCGUCGUUCUCCUAGACCCUUUUAAGACUGACAUUGUGCUUUAAAGAGCCCACAGAACUGCAUUUCACAUACGGUGGAAACUAGGUUCCCUUGGAGGUGCAUGAAACCCCACAAAUAAAGCAAAU